AAAAGCCGUGCCGGCGUCCAGGGCGCGCCCGCGUUAGCCCCGGCCGUCCCGGUCAAGGGGCCCGACGAAGAGAAGAUCAAACACAUCCUAGCCAGGACUGGGUACACUUUAGACGUGACCACAGGUCAGCGCAAGUACGGCGGGCCGCCGCCCGGCUGGGAGGGCGGGACGCCGGGCGCGGGCUGCGAGGUGUUCUGCGGCAAGAUCCCCAAGGACAUGUACGAGGACGAGCUCAUCCCGCUGUUCGAGCGCUGCGGCGCCAUCUGGGACCUGCGCCUCAUGAUGGACCCCAUGACCGGCACCAACCGCGGCUACGCCUUCGUCACCUUCACGUCGCGCGAGGCCACGCAGCGCGCCGUGCAGGAGCUCGAUAAUCACGAAAUAAAACCUGGGAAGACUCUGAGAAUUAAGGUUAGCGUACCGAAUCUGCGACUUUUCGUCGGCAACAUUCCCAAGUCUAAAGGCAAAGAGGAGAUUCUGGAAGAGUUUGGUAAAUUAACAGCGGGACUCGUGGAAGUUAUUAUAUAUAGUUCGCCGGAUGAUAAGAAGAAAAAUAGAGGAUUUUGUUUUUUGGAAUACGAGUCUCACAAAGCGGCGUCCCUAGCUAAACGUAGACUGGGCACUGGUAGAAUAAAGGUAUGGGGCUGUGAUAUUAUAGUGGAUUGGGCCGACCCUCAAGAGGAGCCUGAUGAGCAAACUAUGAGUAAAGUGAAAGUGUUAUACGUUCGGAACCUGACGCAAGAAAUAACGGAGGAGGCGCUGAAGGAGCAAUUCGAGAGGUUUGGAGCCGUAGAACGUGUUAAGAAGAUCAAGGAUUAUGCUUUCGUGCACUUCGAGGAACGCGACUGCGCGGUUAAGGCGAUGCAAGAAUUGGACGGCAAGGAAUUCGGCGGCGCGCGGCUCGAGGUAUCGCUGGCCAAGCCUCCCUCCGACAAGAAGAAGAAAGAGGAAAUACUGCGCGCGCGCGAACGCCGCAUGAUGCAGAUGAUACACGGCCGCGGCGGCUGCUCCCCGGUGCACGGCGCGCUGCGCGGCCGCACGCCGCAGCCGCAGCCGCGCCCGCCCUGCGCCCGCGGCGACUACGAUUAUGAUUACGACUAUUACGGGUACGGUGAUUACCGAGGUGGCUACAAUGAGCCAUUUUACCGGUACGAUGAGUUCUAUUUUGAUUACGCGGGGCCACCGCAACCGUCCGCCCUACGCCAGCCUCCCAACAGAGCGCAACCGGACGACGAGCUCGGGCUCGGGCCCAACUCGCUUUACUACGAUCUGACCGGAGGCAUUCAGGGGGCUGGGUCAUGUGGGACGGGCGGGCGAUGGGCGCGGCGCGGGCCGGCGGGCGCGGCUGGGCCCCGUGGUGGUGCCCGGCGCGGCGCGCGUGGCCGGCACACGCCCAGCGCCACCCGUGGCAACCCGCGCGCCAAGCCAAGUUUACCAGGUAAACGUAAAUUGGACGGGGGUCACCAGAACCAAGGGGGGGAGACGAAACGCCGGCUGGGCGCAGCGGCGGCGGCGGCGUGCGGCUGGGGCGCGCCGCUGGCGCAGCAACCGCUGCCGCCCGCCGAGCUGAGCUAGACGAGCGUCGCCGCCGCGUCCGCGUUGCGUCGCCGCCGCGUCACGUCGCCUCCCGCCGCCGCACGGCGCGCGAGCCCCUGUCCUGGAGACACUACAAGCUGCGCAGGGGAGCCCUCGUUCGCCACCGCUAGCACGGUUCAUGGUUACGUUUACGUUACGUUUACGCCGAUCCUACCCCUCCGUGACGGCGGGAUCGAUCUACUUUUUCUUUAUAUAUGUGUUUUUUUUAUUUGAUUUCACGUUUUCAAUUUUGUAUCGCGACGAUUCCGUAAAAAAAUCUUAAAGUAGGACGUUAUGAAAUGUUUCGAAUAUAAGUUUCCCGUUAUGCUUACGUUUUCAAGUAUCGUAUUAGCCGUAUAUGUUUAAUAUAUACUAUAUUGUAAGCGGCGCGGCCGCGGUUGCCUGUUUGCGGUCGCGCCUGGGUCUCGACCCGACGACUGUCUGUUUUUUUUAAUACAUGUUAUUCAAUAUAUUUUAUUUCUGCGAACGCAUUUUGCGAUGUGAUGUGUAUUUUAGCAGUAAUUAUUAUAUUAUAAGGAGUUUGACUGUUGUUUUUUGACAUACUUACAACUUAGGAUACUUGCGAAUGAACUAUUGAAAUGAACUUGAAUGAAACUACACGAAGACACUCCUAGCAAUUACGGCUAAAAUAGUAAAACCCUGUAAUCGAUAACAUUUCCCAACUGUGUUCCUGCUUUAGUUUUUUGCUUUAUUUUACAUAUUUCCCUUAAAUACAUUAGUGUGAGGAAGUAGUAUUGUAAAAGUUCAGGAUUCUCUAAUCUUUAUUGCUGUACUAAUUUAUAUUUCGACCACAUAGCAUAUCCGUACUGUUAGAACUCUGACUUAUAUCAAUCUUGUAUCAGUUUAAUAUGUGGAAUAAAUUUGCAAAACUGUGUUUGCCUUAUUAAAUAA